AUGAGCGAUGUUGGAAUAGAAGGAAAAAGUAAUCGAACGCAACGUAAAGCUAAUCGGCUUUGUCCCGAUUGUGAUCGCCCGAGGAAAUCAUAUGGUUGGUGUACAAAAUGUGAAUCAAGAUGUAUGGAAAAAAACUUUUCUUUCUGGACAAGCGGAGAUAGAGAAUUAGAUAAAAUAAUUCAAUUUAGUCAGAUUUCAGCGCUACAAACUUGUGAUUAUUUGGAAUUUAUAAAAUUUGAAGAUAUAGAAUUUAAUAAAAAUUUAAUUGCUGAAGGAGGUUUUAGUAAGGUAUAUAAAGGUAUUUGGAUAGAUGGACCUAGAUGGAAUUGGGAUGAACUUGGGGACAUUUGGUGUCGUAGUGGGCCAAUAGAGGUUGCUUUAAAAGAACUUAAUAAUUCUCAAAUAUUGUCACAUGAAUUUCUCGAACAGCUUAAAAGAUAUUAUCAAUGCCUACAAAAUGGAACAAUGGCAGAUUGUUUUGGAAUUACAAGAAAUAAUGAAACCGGUUGUUAUAUGUUCGUUAUGCGAUAUUAUGAAAAUGGGAAUCUUUAUGAAUUUCUUGACAGAAAUAAAGGAAUUAUUAGUUGGAGAGAUAUGGUAGAUAUGUUAUGGGGAAUUGCGAGUGGACUAGAAAAAAUUCAUUCAGAAAAUCUAUUUCAUUCGAAUCUUCACGGAGGAAAUCUUUUGAUUGAAGAUGAAACUAUUUCAACGGACGCAAAAAUUGCCGAUAUUGGACUUCAUGGAAAAGCAAAUGGGCCGGUUAAUCCUGGUUAUGUUAUUGCACAUGAUUUACAACUCGCCUAUAAAAUUUGUUACGAGAAUUUGCGUCCAGAGAUAAAUGAAGAUCUUAAAUCCGAAAUGCCAAUAGAAUAUUAUAAUUUGAUGAUUCAAUGUUGGGAUCCGUUACCAGAAAAUCGACCAACAGCAAGUCAAUUAAAUGAAAUUUUGGGUAAUUGGAUUUCUGAUAUUUGUGAUAACCCAAAUCCUUCAGAAAUUUCAAAUAAUUUCGGCGAUGCAGAAGAGAGAAGAUGGGAACUCAUUGGUAAACAAAACGAAGAAAAAACUUUUCCAUCGAAUUGUGUUCACAAGGAGGCUGUUUACACUAGUCGUAUCUUUGACUUUUCUAAUUUAAAACAAUCAAAAUAA